AUGAUUGAAGAAAGAGAUAUAGCUUGUUAGACUACUCUUGAAUAUAACGAAGGUAAAUUAUAUUAAAUAGCAAAGUCAAUGAUAAUUUUGCUGAUCCUUUAUAAUAAUAAAUACAAUCUCCUAUCAAAUAAAUUUAAGUUAGAUAAAGAAGCUAAACAACUUAAUAAAAUUCUAAAUAACUUGUAAUUCUAUAGACAAGAACUCCUAAAAAAUAAUCAAUGGCCCAUAUUGCUGAUUUAAAAUAGUAAAUUUUAAGUAUUGCUUAAAAAUUUGAUGAAAUAAUUAAUAAGGAGUAAGCAUAAAAAAAAUAAAUUCCAAUAAAAUCAUAAGAAAUUCAAGAUUAUGAGAACAUAAUUAAAGAUCAGAUGAUUGAAAUAAAAUCACUCUAAAAUUAAAUAGAAACAAAUUAGAGAAGAUUACAACUAAGUUUGGAAGAUAAAGAAAUAACAAAACUUGAAGAUAAGUUAAAGUAUUUAUAGGAGUUAGAAAAACUCUUAAAAGAUGAAAAUAAUUCAAUAAAAAAAAUUCAUAAUUAACAGCAAUAAGCUUUAAAUUAAUUAGGAAUAAAUGAAUAAGAUGAAAAAAUAGUAAUAAUAACUAUUAUUUUUAGAGGCUUGAGAAAUUGACCAUUUUAAAACAAGAAAAAUAAAAAAGUAAACAAUUGUAAGAAUUAUUGAGAUAAUUAGAAAAUUAAUCAAAAUAGAAUCAUAAUAAUUGUUAUAAAUAAGUAGAGAAGUUAAGAUGGAUUGAUAAUAGAGUGUUAGAAUACAAUAAGAAGAAAAAGAAAAAACUUAUUAGCAAAGAUGAUGUUUAAAUAUUAGAAAGUCAACUGUAAGAAUUAAUUUAAGAAGUUGAAUAAAAAAAUUAAACAAAUUAAUCAAAAUUAAAAGAAUUAGAGAGGGAAAGAAAAUAAUUAACAAUUGAUGUUGAAAUUAGGGAAAGACAAUUAAAAGAGAAAGAUAAAGAGUUAAAAUUAACAAUUAUGAAAUUCAAUGAGAAUAAAAGAUUUGUAAUUAGAAACGAAAUAAUAAAACAAUGA